AGAAGCCCUGGCCCUUCCUUUUCCUGCUAAACUUUAAUCGCUCGCUUUAGAGUCAAGUCAUGACUGAUUUUCUGUCAACAAAGGCCACGGACAAACUAAACUCACAGCUCAACAGACUGUGCGUAUGGCUUUCGAGUGACCCUGAGUACAUCCUGGAGCACUGCGGGGAUAUCCUAUCCGUGAAUGAAUAUAAAAAGGUAAUAAAGCAAAGCAGUGGUUCAGAGCAGAUGAGAGAACUCUUGGAAAUAAUCAUUCAAAAAGGAGAAGACACCUGUCAGAACUUUAUUGACACUCUGAGGAAGCACCAAGGACACUUCCCACAACUGAAGCAGUUUUUCGUCACUGAAGCUGAAGUUCCAGGUUCAUCCACUCCAAGCAUGUUUGCUGAUGGUAGCAGUGUUGUGUCCUGCAGAGAAAUUACAAACACAACUGCAAAAAACAUUUCAAUUAACAUUCAAACAGUAAGCCAGCCGGCAGACAGCAGUUUGUCUGGAAAUAUUAAACCCCAAGCAGAUCUCACUGCAAGUGGCGGCGGUGUUAUAUGUGCUGAUAAAAUAUCAGGUGUCCAUGUUGAUGAGUGUAUAAAUUUCUCAGUGAGUGUGAAUGCACCACAAGAAAACACAGGUAUGGUAGAGGACACACAGCCACCUCCUGAGGGUCCUGCUGUGAGAAAGAUCAAGGAGCACAAGGUGGAACUCAUUAACUGCCUGAUGGGGGAUGUCUUCAUUCUGCAGUGUGUGCAUGCCAAAGGAAUCCUCUCUCCCAGACAAUAUGGAAAUCUGAAGCACUCCUCUAACCCAGAACAAACUGUUACCAACCUGAUAGAUCUUCUGAUGAGUAAAGGUGAAGAGACCUGCAAUCAGUUUCUCCAGAUUCUUAAAGAUCCUGACGUUGAUGCAACGUAUCCACAACUGAAAAACAUUAUAAAGUAACUGAGAUCAGAUCAUAUGUAAUUUUUUUUUAGCUAGGAUGAAAUUAAAUAAUAGUAAAGGGAAUUUAAUUUUUUGAGCAGUGUAUAUACACACUUGCACAUUCCCACAAUUUUGAUGUAACUGUGUGAGAUAUACCCUUCUGCUUUUCAAAACAGGGCACUGAAGUAAAGACUAUCCUCAGAUUUUCAUACUAAAUCUUAAGGAAUAAAAAAUGAAGCAUGUGAAAUGAUUUUGUCUUGAUAGUUUGUAUAUGAUACACUGAGAUUGGUUGUAUACGUGUUAUAGCUAUGUAUGGGCACCAGGUGACAGCAUGAAAUAUGUUUAUAUUGUUAGUAGAGUUUUAACUACUACUGAAGAGAACACAGAUGUUACAGCACACAUGAAGUUUCACAAAAGUGGAGUGUUUAAUGGAAUAAAAUGAAACUACUUCUA